AUGUGCGCUGUAGGCCUUGCUGGCCUGCACAACCUGACUGGCAACGCCAAAAUGAUGUCGACGGCGCGAGAGAAGUAUGGUUCAGCACUACGACAUACUGGGAAGCUGAUCCGGCCUCCACAUACACCGAGCAUAGAUGUGACGAUGAGGGCCGUGGUGGCCCUCGCCAUGUUUGAGGUUGUAAAAGGAACGCAUCAUUCCACAAGCACCGUCCAUGCCCAUGUCAUGGGCGGGGCUGCGCUGAUGAGAAGCUGGUGCCCUAUGCCCAGUGCUCCUUUUGCAGGCUUCAGAGCCUUGUUGCAGCUGUGCUACUCGAUGUUCAUACCUCUACACGUUGCCGGCAUGCCCAUGCCACCGGACUUUUACGACUGGGUUUCUUACGGUUCGCAACUCCAGCUGCCCAUCGAUAGACCAUCGACCGACCUAGCCGUUCUGAUUGCUCGAUUCGUCGAAACCUCGUCAAUUAUUCACAACCAUGUCAUAAGCGACGGAAGACCCAAAACGGCCAGCGUUAUUCAGCAGCUUCUAGAUCUUGAUAAAGACUUGGUCUCGUGGGAGAAUGGACUGGAGGGAGACUGGAUUUACCGCAUCGUUCACGCCACCCAUCUCCCUCCUAAAGCAGUAUUCCAGUACGAAUACCACAAAUACCACGACGUCUGGACCGCUCGCAUCUGGAAUUAUUACCGAUGGUGCCGGAUCCUGGUCAACCAGAAUUUGCUGGAUCUGACGAAUAAGAAUCCCGUGUCCAGUCUAUCGCUGGUAUCAGCGGCAGCGCGGGACGAGUUUCUGAACGUGAUUCGACAUUUGGCGAGGGAUAUACUCAUUAGUGCGCCGACACAUUGGCGACACCCGGCUCUAGACGGACCGGCUCAGAUAACAGUGGAAAGUCCCGGCGGAGGAGGAGCUGGAUCAGCAGGACUGCCGGCAUUGCUAUUCCACCUCAAAGUGGCAGGCUGCGCUCCUGGGGUGCCCAAAGACUACUGGGAAUGGGCGUUGGGAAUCAUCCAAACAAUCUGGGGUGACAUGGGGAUGUUGCACGCACGAUCGAUGAUGGAAGCCAUGCGAGCGCAUGAAGACACGGUGCUGAGAACUGGCGCAGCUGGGAUACUGGCAGAUGACUGGUAG